CUUUCAACAUUGAUAAUGUUUUCUCGAACUGCGACUUGAGGCGGUUUGGGAUCAGUGUACAAUCAUCUUCGCGAUGGAUUCUUCCGGAACUUCUUUCACUGGCGCAUGUUUUAAUAGUUUCUUCGCAAAUUGCUGUAGAGUCUCAUGUUGCUUGUGUUGCCGAAAAUGUACGUUCUGCUGGAGAGGGUUGUGUUACCGAGACGAAUUCCUCUUAGAAAAUUUUUAUGAAGAAAUUUCACCUCAAGAGUGGAACAUGAUUGAAAAGGAGGCUAGGAAGAAAACCAUUUCGAAAGAAUUUAUUAUUCUAAAAACCGAUAUGUUGUACUUUCUAGGCGACCUGGGGGAGAAAAUUGUUUUGGUGGAGACAAAUGUUUUGCCGUCUUUCCGAGAACAUGUCGCCACCGCAAGCGAGAAGGAGAUAACCAAGCCUUCGCGGACAUUGGUGGAUUAUCGGGCAAGCGACUUCAUCAAUGACGAGGAAAGCCAUGAAGCUAAGUCUUCCAAGGAGCGCUUAAACACAAAAAAAAUUCGAUCGUACACUGAGACGGAUUUCAUGGCCGAGAUGUGGAAAAAUCCUAGCAAGACGAAGCCUUUGAGCGGGAUAUUUCGGAAAAGAAAAUAUUCGCGUUUUACGAACGAACGUGAUGAGGAAGGUUCUUCCGGGGACGAGUACCCGCAAGUCAAGUCAAAAUUAAAUUUGCGGACUAAAAUUCUCACGAGGAGGAGUCAACGCCAAAGAGAUGAACUAGAAGUUGCCGAGAAUGGAACUAGAAGUUUAUCUCCUUCAUCCAUGUUUAACGAUUAUCAUGGACAGAUUGAAGCUAGCUUCUCUUUUGCAGCGCACGUGCGGAGGCAAGGUCCCGGAUUUUCAGCUAGUUGUACCCAGACCUUGCGCACAGGUGACCUGUGCUCUCUCAGCGACUUGUUUGAAAGCGAGGUUCACAGCAACGUUACUUUUAACCCUCUCUUCGAGGACGACGACGGCGAAGACGAAGAAUACGUCAAACGAACGCGACCGAGGAGGUAUCGAUUGUACACUAUCGACGAGGAAUCGGAAUAUUACGAUUCGGGCCCAUGAUUUUCGCCUGGAAAAACUUAUGGGGCAAGUGACAGAUAAGCAAAACCGAUAUGGAAGUAAAAAAAUGAUCGAAUGCCCGUCAAAUCUAAAUAUUAACGUUGAGUUGAAGACUUGUACAUGAAGUUUAUGUGCAGCAUGAAAGUUGAUUGCCCGCAAAAUUUCCGAUUCCAAUCCUCAGUCUACCUUUGUUUUAUAAAGCGUUUCCACCAGGAGCCCUGUUUCCACUUAUCACGUCAAUAGCAACCAUAUAAAUUUAUUGGAAGAAAGGAAGGUGUUUGCGUAAGAAAAGAAUUAAACUCCCACAGGAUUGGUUUGGUACACCAGCGAAGCCGCCUUUACAUUGUUCCGGGACACCGAAAUGGCUGCCGUGACGUCAUGUAAAAACGGUCUUUUUGUUGCCUCGGAAAUUACUGCUGUCUCCAUUGUAGGUCCGCAGGUGUGCUUAAGUAUUCAUCAUGCAAAGAGUUUUUGUU